AAACAGUCGCAAACACACCAAAACAAGUGAAGCUAAAGUUUAAAGGUUGGUGAUCAUAAUAGAGAGAGAGAGAGAGAGAGAGAGAGAGAGAGAGAGAGAGAGAGUUAAUAAAGCUAAUAAUGGGAGAGGAGUCAGCAAUAACAGGGGUGGAUAUGAAAGAGGAGGGCUUGAAUAAUAAUAAUGUGAACACAGCAGCACCACCACAUCCGCCGUCUCCGCCGGCGGCGCCGCCACCGCACUUCGUGCUGAUACACGGGAUAAGUGGAGGAGCAUGGUGCUGGUACAAAAUGAGGAGCCUGAUGGAGAACAGUGGGUACAAAGUCACAUGCCUCGAUCUCAAAGGAGCCGGCGUUGACCAAACUGACCCAAACUCCGUUCUUUCUUUCCAUGAUUACAACACCCCUCUUAUUCACUUUCUCUCUUCCUUAAAUCACGAUCACCAGGUGAUAUUGGUAGGGCAUAGUGCAGGAGGGCUAAGUGUAAGUGACGCUAUGAACAAGUUUGGGAAGAAGAAGAUUAAGCUUGCUGUUUUUAUUGCAGCCACUAUGUUGAAAUCAGGGUUCAUCACUCACCAAGAUAUCAAACAUGGUGUGCCAGAUUUAUCCGAAUAUGGAGAAUUGAAUGAGGUGUAUGAUAUUGGGUUCGGAUUGGGAGAAGAUAAUCCUCCAACUUCAAUGAUGAUUAAAAAGGAAUUACAACGAAAGAUCAUUUAUCAAUUGUCACCUCAAGAGGACUCGACUUUAGCAGCAAUGCUGCUAAGGCCGGGCCCGAUACAAGCAUUAACAACAGCUCAAUUUGGAGAGGGCGAAGAUGUAGACGACGUGCCAAGAAUAUACAUCAAAACAACGAACGACAACGUUAUCAAACCGGAUCAACAAGAGGCGAUGAUCAAGAAUUGGCCGCCGUCAGAUGUUUAUGUUUUGGAAAGCGACCACAGCCCUUUUUUCUCUGCCCCAUUUUCCCUGUUUGGUUUGUUAGUGAAGGCUGCAGUUUCUUUUGGAUGUUAAUUAGAUUUAGGAAUAUAUUUUUCGUGUGCUAUAUAAAAUGUUGUAUUGUCACAUCGAAUAAAGUCGAGACGAGCAAGUGGUGGAUAUUAUUGGAAAUAAAUCAAGAUUAACUGCUCGAUUAAUUAAUAAUCUUGCUUCCGUAA